AUGUCUUCCGAUGAUGCUCCUUCAGCACCCCAACACAAACUCUCUUCUACCAGCUUCGUCGAUGUCUUCAAGACUCUAGGAGUCGGCCGUCCGAAAUCGCAUUCUCCGGUUUCUCUGCAAGAGAGCAAUAACGACCAAACAACAGAUAGUCGAGGAAACAGCCGGCUUGUGCUCGGAUUCGAAUCAAUGCAUCGUGGCAGCGUUGUGUCAAGCUCGUCGGAUACCCCUAGUGGCCCGGAUUUCGAUGCUUCUCUCCGGAUCUUGUCCAACAAGCAAAAUUUGGCCCAGGCGGUAGAAGAAGCAGAGGCGCUGUCAAGAACUAUUCCCUGGUUUAGUGCAGAACAGUCAAUGGUACUAUGGGAGGCAGCGGAGUAUCUUUUACAUCAUGAACAUUCCGGGGAGGCCCAGAGGAGCGGGGGCAGGUUACUGGAAGCGAUCGCAGCCCGUCAGGAUCUAUCACCAUCUUCGAGGCGUGUCAUUUUUGAGGCCAUCGCCUGCCCCACCGACCCUGAGCUGGUUGCUUCGCGGGUACAGUCGUUGGUCGCCUUAUCGGAUCACGGCAGAAAGUUGGACUUCACCAGUACCUCUAUUCUCCACAUCAUUGCUUCGUGGGUUAUGCCUCUCUAUGACACUCUGGCCGCUGCACGCAACAAAGCGAAGAGGGUGAAAGCUGCCAAGCCCAACGAGCUUAGCCACUAUGAAGCGGUUUUGGAAGAGCUCUUCCAAUUUGCGGAGGACUUGAUCACUCUCCAACGCAAGCCACCAACCCAGGAGGAAAUUUCACUGCUCCUUACAGAAACCAUCACUGUUUGCAAGAAGACAAGUGUGGCGAGUGAUAUCAAGAACUCACUGGCAGUGUUUGAGGCUAUCAUUGACUAUGCAAAUGUGCCAGAUGCCAGCUUCAUUCCUCUCCUGGAAGUGCUUUGCAGUAUUCAUGCCUCUGUUAAAUCCCUCUCUGGACCUACUUCUCGGACAGUUCGCAGUUUGGCAAAGUCUCGACGACAGGAAGAAAUGGUAAACACCUUGCAUACAUUCAUGAGGGAAUCAUGCGCCAAAGACCAGUCACGGAAUUUAAAUGUUCUUCGAGGCACGAUUUACGUCUUCUCUGAUCUCGUUCGUGACUACGGUCAGAAUGGAAUGCCCCAAAUUAGUUUUGGUGAAUUGGUUGAUUCGCUUUUGGCUAUUGCUCAGAAAGACGAGGGCAAGGUUGACGCUGAUGUAUUGGACCUCUGUCUAAGCAUAUUGGAGGGCAACUUCGUCCGAGUUGCGUUGGCGUGUGAUUGGUCGAGCUUUGUCGAGCUUCUGCUCCUAUGUUCUCGGCGGGUCUUUGACGAACCCGAGGACUCCGUCUCAUCUCCGACUAGUCCACCGCAGCACCCUGUUAAGAACACACCUGAUGAUACCAGAUCGCACAUUGUUGCCAACACAACACGGAUAGCAUCCGCCAUUGAAGCACUGUGGGAACAGCUCACCAACGAACAAAAACAACAAUCUACUCAGUUCUUGAUGAGAGGAUACGCGCACAUCGAGCCAUCUCAGGCUGAGCUGAUCAUCAACCAUAUGCGACACGACAAGAUCUGCUAUCCAUCCGAAGAUUCGUCUUGGGUGCAGCACUGCCAGGAAUUGAUUGAGCGUUUCAUUCAGCCUCGAAAACAGAGCUCCGAUAUUCGUAUCAUGGCUUUGGAUACGCUGAAAGAGGCUCUUUCUGGCAAUGAUCAGCUCCUUUUUGCGGAAGAGCAUGGCUUGUUGGAUCGGCUCCUUCAGGACUUCUCCGCAGAACACGACCUUCUAUUUUUGGAAUCGUUGGUCUCGUUUAUCACGGAACCGGCAACUCAAGUCAACGAUUCCGUAUUCAAACGCUUGGUGGACACCAUUAGCUCUCCUAUGGCGAAUGACUUGCACACCGGCGAACAUCGCGAGAUUUCUCCCAACUACAACUCCUCUCGUCGCACAUCAACCACCAGCCUCUUGGAACUGACUUUGUCCAAUGUGUGUGCUGUGAGCCUCGUGAAGAUGAUGCUUCGUGCUUUGAAUCAUUCUGGUACCAAGUCUGUCAUCAUUUUCGAAGCUCUUUUGCAGAUCGCUCAAUCCUCGGAUCGUCCAACCGACUCCCGCCUGACUGUCUUGAAGCUACUUUUCCGGCUUCGUUGUGACUCAGCAGGAUCUGUGACGGUAGUGUCAACAUCAGAAGGUGAUUUCUUGAUGAAUGUUUUGGGCCGGAAUGUCGAUGUCGCCGGUAUGGUGCAUACAUCUGUCGACAGUCCUACGAAGGACGUGCCGCAUGAUGCUUUGCCGCCUCUAGCUAACGCGAAGAUCCCUUCGAAGGAGCCAUCAUCCAGCCUUUCGUCUAAGUCCGCCCCUCGAGGCUCCAUUUCUGCCCGUUCUUCAAAGUUGACAGCUCCGGUAUGGACACAUUCCUUGCCACAGGUUCUUCCGGAGCAGCCUCCCGGAGAGUCCAGCCGUCUUGUCUUUGCCUAUACAAUGGACGGCGCAUUGGACCCGCCCGAGUCCAUGCCGGCUCAGGUUGGCGUUUUGAAGGUGAACAUGUGGCUUGAAAUUGUGAUCGCGUUACUUCAACGAGAGACCGACUGGGAUGUCUACAGCUAUCUCCUUACGCAUCUUGGGCCCCAGCUUGCCAACAAGGACUUCUUCAAUAACUCGAUUCCUCAGGUCAAGCUGCUGCGUAGCAUCUUGUGCGAUCAGGUCAAGAAUGAGACAUUCCAUGAGCCCCCGGUAACGACUGGCUUGAAAAAGAGCGAUGUGGCCGCUUGCAUCUUCGAUGCGUUGUGUAUGCUGGUCAGCUAUCACGAGCAUUUUGCUAAAAGUGAGGAGGAUGACCUUGUCCGGGCCUUCAUGUCUGGUAUCAUCGGUUCCUGGGGUGCGACUUCUCGUGGAUGCAUUCAGGCACUCUCGCUAUGCUGUCACGAGAUCCCCAUGUCGGUCACCAAGUCACUUAUGAGCAUUCUCGACAGGAUGGCUAAAGUAAUUACCAUGUCGAACAUUGCCGUUCAUAUCUUGGAGUUCUUGGCUCUGCUUGCACGACUUCCGGAGGUCUAUGUCAACUUGCGAGAAGAGGAAAUUCGCACCGUGUUUGGAAUCUGCAUUCGAUUCCUGCAGACAACCCGAGAACAGCGUUACAGAAGCUCUGACUCACAUUCGGUUCGGCCUGCUCAGAACCCAUCAGCAAGAUCUAGUGUUGGUUCACGGGAACAUGCCGAAGCCACCGAGCCCCCUACACAAGAUGUCAUGUCAAGCUACGUCAUGACCUUGACAUAUAAUGUUAUGGUCUUCUGGUUCCUGUCUCUGAAGCUGCAGGAUCGCGCAAGACACGUCAACUGGAUUACUAGCCGUCUCAUCUUCCGUGAUGACAAUGAAAAGGAGGUGGUCGAGGAACAAAGCCAGGUUUUCAUCGACCUGAUGCAACGUGUUGCAUUCUCAGAUCUUGGCGAGACUAUUCCAUUCGAAACAUUUCCUCCCACUCCAGAGGAUGGACCUGUGUUAAAGAAAUCCUGGGCUGUGGGCAUGAGUCUCGUCACCGUUGAAACCGCCGGUGCAUCUGGACUGACGCAGAUCACGAAGCGCCAGGCAUCUGGCACAACAUACUCAGUGUAUCAGCAGCGGACAGCCCCUGUACUUCCACAUCAGGUGCCUGCAACUGUAGAUGCUCACCUGCACUCUGAUUCUACGCGCACAGCAAUUCUACCGAGCCACAUCAUGCUGCAGAUGACCGCGACUGCCUUCCCAACCCCGACUGUGAUGCAGCCCAUUCCAAUCCCCGAGGAUGACAUUACUCGACGAGCAAUCAGCAGCUUUGAUCGUAUCGAUAUUGUCGACGGUCACAAGAUCGGUGUUGUCUAUGUUGAUAAUGGUCAGAACAAAGAAGCCGAAAUUCUGGCCAACACUGGAGGCUCUGCAGACUAUGAGCACUUCCUCUCGGGGCUCGGAUUCAAGGUGUCGCUUCGGAACGCCCAAUUCAAUACCCAGGGUCUAUACGCCGACACUGAUGGAGAGGCCACCUAUGCGUGGCGUGAUCGAGUGACCGAGAUUGUGUAUCAUGUCGCGACCAUGAUGCCUACUGACUUCGACCGCGAUCCUACCUGCAUCAACAAGAAGCGGAAUAUCGGCAACAACUUUGUUACCAUCGUGUUCAACCGUUCCAACCUCCCCUUCAACUUCGACACGAUCCCGUCCCAGUUCAACUCCAUCAACAUCCUCAUCACACCCUCGAGUAAUGUCGCGUAUGAUGAGUCUGGCUCUGUCAAGGGAGAGACCGAUCCAGAUCAGCUUUACUACAGUGUGCAAGUGAUGAGCAAACCGGGCUUCCCUGACGUCUCACCUGCUGCAACCCCCAAAGUCAUCUCAGGCAGAAACUUGGCGCCGUUUGUGCGAAUUCUCGCCCUCAACGCGUCUGUGUUCUCUCUCGUCUACAACACUGAGGGCGGCGAGCAUGCAUCUUCCUGGCGCACCCGUCUCCGCGAGAUCAAAAAGGUUCGCGAACGAGCAUUGGCCGCCCAAGCCCAAGGCUCCGAGGCUUCAGAGGGAGCCUACCCAGGCCUGCGCCGCAACACGAAAGCCAGUAUCUUCUCCGAAGAAACACCUAUCCGCACUCCUCCAGCCAAGACCGACUCUAUCUCGGAAUGGACCGCAGCCUCGGAUACAAACAUUCUCCAGAAUCUCGAUUUCUCCCGCUGGAGCCGUUAG